AUGUCUCCCGGAGAGUCUAAUCGUGCGUCGUCGCAUGUGGACUCAGAGCCACCAGAGGAAGCAGAUCGAACCCCGGAGUUGCAGGCAGAGUCCGAGGCGGAUUUUGAAGGUGAUACCCUUCAGGGUGCACAGGACAAGAUUAUGUCCGAGCUGACUCGGCUCAAGGAUUCUGAUGGCCAGGACGUUUCUUACCCGUUCAUUGGAAAACCAGACCGGAAUCUAUACCGGGAUUAUUAUGAGAUCAUCCAACAUCCCGUGUCAUUACGAAGCAUUCAAAAGAGAGUUCGUGGUACAGACAGCAGGAAGAAUUCAUCCAGAACCACCGCAUAUCCUACAUGGCAGUCCUUUGAAGAGGAAGUUAGCUAUGUAUGGCGAAAUGCUAGGGAGUACAACGAAGACGACAGCGAUAUUUCCAUCCUCGCGGGAGUUUUGGAGGUAAGCCUAUGCUGCAACGCUCGUGCCAUCUGUCCCUUUCGGCAUGCUGAUAUUAGAGUCCAGGAUCACUUCCACCGACGGGUUGCCGAAGCCAAAAGGCUUGUUCCGAACCCCCUUGAGGUAGAUCGAACCCCGUCUUGCAUCAAAUUGAAAUUGGGCACUACUGUGCCCCCAAUGGCGCAGAGGUUAACCUUGAAAAUGCCUGGGCAGAGCUCCGAUACACUAUCCAAAAGCGAUGGACAACCCUCAGAUGUCACAUUCAAGGACGAGUCCCAGGGCCAUAGGCAAGAUAUUGCUGGGGCUGGAUUAGCGGGUCAAGAGAUUAGUAGAUCUCCUCGAGGAUGGUCUCUUGGAGGGCACCCUGACAGUGCCAGGUCCAGCACCACAAACACACCAUCUGGUUCAGAGAAACAACAGAACAGUUCCAUGAGCGCCCAAGGCUUACUGAGCUCAGUAACGAAAGCAACCGCCCCGACAAUGCCCACUUCGCAAAAUCCGGCCAAUGCGUCUUUUGAUGUCUCUUCAGAUAUCACUCGGCAUUCAUCUUCGGCUUCAGCACAUGCUCCCUACCAGCCGCAUUUCGGUCCAUCGCCCAUGGAUUCGCUUCUGAGGCGAUCAGGCCAAGGUUUGCCUCCCACUGGACUUACAGGACUUCCAGCUAACUACGAGCCAGACCCAAGGAUGGCUUUGAUUCGUAACGUUCGGAUUCUCACGCAUGCCUCUUUGUCGUUGGAGUCGGACUUCUGCCUAGAUAUCCCGGCUUCGUCGCUUAUUUCACAACAGAAUAUCACGGUCCACCUUCCUCCGUCGUAUAAUAUUCUGACGGUCAGGCCUCGUUUAGCGGCUAGUACUUCCCAGCGACAAGUGAAAAUUGUGACACUCAUGGGUAUGCAGCGUCUCCAUUCAUCUAGUGAUGGAACUGCACUUUCAUAUGAUAUCCAUCUGCACCCUGGCAUGACAAAGGUCGACUUGGAAGCUAUUGCUGGGCCUGCUAGGGGAGUCCCGAAAUCUGGCCCCCCUGGGUCAGAUGUUGAUUAUGAACGUGUCACUCUAUUCUUUAAUCUUUUACGUUAA